GAAUCAGUUUCAAAUUCCUCCACGCUUGAUGGGCUACCGGCCAUUCCAAGCCCAAUAACAAAGAGUUUGUUUGAGAACCGAAGUAACUCUUUCCCAAACCCGAAAAGAGAUCAAUAAGCACCUUAGCGCCGCAUCCUCCACUUCUCGCCUUCCUCGCCGCUCCGCCAGCCUCUCGCCGUUUUUUCGGUUUCUCCACAGUUCCGUCUCUUAAUUCCUCUCAUCCUCUCGCCGCCACUCUCUUGUCGCCUGCGCUGCCGUUGUUCAGCUGCUCCCGCCUGAUUUCUUACUUUGAGGUAAGAUCCGGUUCUCCUUUAAUCCGAUCGCAUUCGCUUAGAUUGUAUAAAAGUCGGAUUGAAACUUAGUGAAACCUCGGCCGAGUGAUCUAGUUGCAAGUUUUUAGGGUUAAUUGCUUGCUGUUUGUGUUGUUUGCUUCUCGUCGUAUCUCUUGUGCUUUCGCUUGCAUUGAAGUUUAGAUUUCUUUUUAGGCUGUUUUUGUUCUCCCUAUGUAAUAGGGAAAGAAGGGAGGGCUGGGUGAUUGUUUGAGGCUGUUUCUGUGACUAAGUAGAUAUCUUUCUCUGCUCUUUGUGUCUUUGUAUAAUUAGUUAAUGCCCUUCUUAACUUCUCCUGUAAUUGGCAGGAAGUUUGUCUCAGAACGGAGUGCAAGGCCUGCAUAACACAGGAGAUUUGAGGAACUGAAUAGUUGCGAUGGGGAAAAAGAAAUCUGAUGAUGCUGGGGGUGCCGGGAAGGGUAAGGCAGCCACCAAAGAGGCAGCUACAACUGGGAAGAAAGAUAAACUCUCUGUAUCUGCCAUGUUAGCUAGUAUGGAUCACAAACCUGAUAAUCCCAAGAAAGCACCUUCUUCCAGUAAACCCAAGCCAAAGCCUAAGCCAAAAGCUCAAGCCUACGAUGACAUUGAUCUCCCUCCAUCUGAUGACGAUGAUGAUGAUUAUGUCUCGGGCGAGGAGGGAAACCAGAUGGAUGCUCCCAAGAGAUCUAACCAGCAGCAGUUCUUGAAGCCCAUUGAGGCUUCUCUUUCAGAAAAAGAGUUAAAGAAGCGGGAAAGGAAGGAACUCCUUGCCGCUCAAGCUGCUGAGUUGGCAAGGAAGGAGGCUCUCAAGGAUGACCAUGAUGCAUUUACUGUUGUCAUUGGAAGCCGUGCAUCGGUCCUUGCUGGAGAGGAAGAAGGUGAUGCCAAUGUCAAGGAUAUUUCAAUUGACAACUUUUCUGUGUCGGCACGUGGGAAGGAGCUCUUAAAGAAUACGGAAGUUAAGAUAUCCCAUGGAAAGAGAUAUGGUUUGGUUGGACCGAACGGGAUGGGGAAAUCUACACUUUUGAAGCUUCUUGCUUGGAGGAAGAUACCAGUCCCUAAGAACAUUGAUGUCCUGCUGGUUGAGCAAGAAGUUGUUGGUGAUGAUAAAUCUGCUCUACAGGCAGUUGUUUCAGCUAACGAGGAACUUGUCAAACUGCGACAAGAAGUGGACACAUUGCAGAAAUUAUCUUUAGUUGGUGAUGAAGGGAUUGACAAUUAUGAUGACCAUGAUGAUGCAGGAGCUAAGCUUGCUGAACUGUACGAUAAAUUGCAGCUAAUGGGAUCAGAUGCUGCUGAAGCUCAGGCGUCAAAGAUUCUAGCUGGACUAGGUUUUACAACGGAUAUGCAGGCUCGUGCAACUCAGUCUUUUAGUGGAGGGUGGAGGAUGAGGAUUUCUCUUGCUCGUGCACUUUUUGUGCAGCCAACUCUAUUGUUGCUUGAUGAGCCGACAAACCAUCUUGAUCUUAGGGCUGUCUUAUGGCUGGAGGAGUACUUAUGCAGGUGGAAGAAAACUUUGGUGGUUGUCUCGCACGAUCGCGAUUUCCUUAACACAGUUUGUAAUGAAAUCAUUCAUCUGCAUGAUCUUAAGCUUCACACAUACCGUGGGAACUUUGAUGAUUUCGAAAGUGGGUAUGACCAAAGGCGGAAAGAGGUUAAUAAGAAAUUUGAGACUUACGAGAAGCAGAUGAAAGCUGCCAAGAAGACUGGGAGUAGGGCUCAGCAGGAGAAGGUCAAAGAUCGUGUAAAGUUCGCUGCAAACAAGGAUGCAUCAAAGAGCCGAGCUAAGGGGAAAGUUGACGAUGAUGAUGUGCCUGCUGAAGCCCCAAGAAAAUGGAGGGAUUAUAGCGUCGAAUUCCAUUUUCCUGAACCCACUGAGCUCACACCUCCACUUUUGCAGCUUAUUGAAGUUAGCUUCAGCUAUCCAAAUCGGCCUGAUUUUAGGCUUUCAAAUGUUGAUGUGGGUAUUGAUAUGGGAACCCGCGUUGCGAUUGUUGGACCCAAUGGAGCUGGAAAGUCUACCUUGCUGAACCUGCUUGCUGGCGAUUUGGAUCCUACUGAGGGGGAAGUACGAAGAAGUCAGAAAUUGAGAAUUGGAAGGUACUCGCAACACUUUGUGGACCUCCUCACAAUGGGUGAAACACCUGUUCAGUAUCUUUUGAGACUGCAUCCAGAACAAGAAGGGUUUAGCAAACAAGAGGCUGUGCGUGCAAAACUUGGGAAAUAUGGACUACCCAGCCAUAAUCAUCUUACCCCUAUUGCUAAACUAUCUGGUGGACAGAAAGCUCGUGUUGUAUUUACGUCAAUAUCCAUGUCAAAGCCUCACAUUUUGUUAUUGGAUGAACCCACCAAUCAUUUGGAUAUGCAGAGUAUUGAUGCACUAGCUGAUGCUCUAGACGAGUUUACUGGUGGGGUUGUCCUGGUUAGUCAUGACUCUAGAUUGAUCUCCCGAGUUUGUGAUGAUGAAGAAAGGAGUCAAAUCUGGGUUGUGGAAGAUGGAACCGUGAAGUUUUUCGAUGGGACGUUUGAAGAAUACAAGGAGGAAUUGCAAAAAGAGAUUAGAGCCGAGGUUGAUGAUUGAUUUUGCAGCAGGUAAGAUCUCAUUCUUUUGUUGUUGUGAUUUGCAUGAUAGUAUCUUGUGAAGAUGCGUUCAGUGAUUGAAGCAUGCAUGAACUUUUUUUGUUUUGCUUUGGUUGAGAUAUACCCAUGUAGCUUAUAUUGAAUAUACUAGGAAGCUACUGUAAAUGAACUUUGCUUUCUUGUUCCCGAAUAGGAUAUGUGUAUCUACUCUGAGACAUCCAGUCACUGAACAAUAUGUUCUUUCUUUUAUUUUGCUUAGUAACGUGUUUUUAUUUAUACUUGCCGUCUGAGAAACCAAGAUGCAUUUGUAGAGUAAUGCGUUGGGUACAAGACGGCUGUUGGUUACCUUUCAACUAUGAGCAGCCUUCAGCAGCUGCUUCAUCCAUGUAUACAUUGCAUGUCUAUGCACUGGAGAAGAGGAACGUUUUUCCCCUAUACGGAGUGGAGAACAUAUAUAUAUGCUGAGAGCAUAACAUCUGUUCAAACUAGCGAGAACGAAGAGCUACUUCGCUUUCUUGUAAGAAAACUCUGCAAUUUUCAGUCCAAUCUUACUGGUAAUAAGGAAAGACAUAACUGGUGGCUGAUAUGUAUUGUGGUUCGGCUUCUUGACGAGUUGUUUUUCUUUUCUUUUCUGUUUAGCUUGGUUUUGUACGAUUUGAAUGAAUAAGUGAAAGUACAUUAUUCUUAUAUCCUAUAUAUUCUUAUCGUGGCACGAAUCUGGAGCAUUUCUACGAUGUUAUGUAGUAUUGAUGCUUUAAUGUACAAUUUUAGGUUGUACCAUAACAAUAAAUGUAUAAAUUUAGG